UACAAAUUAAUAUUAAUUCUGUUGUAUUGAAGAAGUUGAACAGAAUACCUAAUUACUGUAUAUCAUUACUUAAUCAUUUCCAAGGACAAAAAGCACAGGUAACACGGUUAUGAGGGAUCAUUAACAUUCACAACACACUUUCUACUCCCGAGCAGUUUUGUAACUACUACGUUGGGGGACGCACGUAGAUACGGUAAAAGAAAAUAACGAGAAAGAUCGUAGUGAAUAAUGGAAAAGUGUUGGAAAUUAUAUUUGAUCACGCUCGUAUUAGUUCUAUCAAUGGUUAUCACUACAGAGUCUACUGUACCUCAACCACGAGCACCUAACUUCCAAUAUUUUGAAAGGCCAAAAUACAGAUACCCGUACUAUGAUGAGAACGGCAAGGGAAAGUUAUUAUAUGGCUAUGGAGGACCGGAGCUGUAUCAAUAUAAAUCCUACACGCCAUUAGAAGGAAUUCACUAAAUCGAUUUUACAUCUACUACAUCUUGUCAUCUGUAUAAUAUACAUGGUAGCCUCUAUUGUUGUAGAUAGCUAAUAUAACUGGUUUCUAAGGUGUUAUUAAAAUAGGUUCAGUUCCCCUUGAAGGAAAUACAUAGGCGAUGGAGGUAUGUUAGUCAACCAAGCCUAAAGGGAAGAAAUCUCUAACAGUUAAUGAUUUCCGCCAUGAGUUUUCCUUCUUAAUAAUUUUAGUGUUAAAAAUGUUUAACCUAUAUUCUGUAAGACUAUAAAAUAUAGUUUAGAAAAUAUUGUACUAUAUUAAAACAAAGAUUUAAU